AUGGCUUCGGGGGAGGCCAGGCUGGCCGUGUGGGUGGGCCCCGAGGAGAAGCUGGUCUCGGGCCUCUCGCGGCGGACCACCUGCGCGGAGGUCGUGCGGGCGCUGCUGGAGGAGAGCCGGGGGCGGCCCCUGGGAGCGGGCCCUCCUCGGGGCUCUCUCCCGGAGGAGGAGGAGGAGGCCUUCUGCCUGGUGGAGCGCUGGCGGGGCUUGGAGCGGGCGCUGCCGGCCCAGACGCGCCUCCUCCGCCUCUGGGGGGCCUGGGGCGCCGAGCGGGAGCACCUCCGCUUCCUCCUCCGACGGCGCCCUAGCGGCCCCGAGGCCUCCUCCCCGCCGGGCCUCCCGGGGCCCCGCAGCGCCGAGGCCCGCGUGGUGCCCAGCAGGCAGAGGGGGCCCCCGCAGGACAGCGCCGGCAGCCCCGGGGCCCCGCUCCUCCUGCGCCCGGCCCUGAGCGGCAGCAGCAGCAGCCAGGAGAGGCAGCGGAGGGUGGUGCGCAAGGCCUUCCGCAAACUGGCCAAACUCAACCGGAGGAAAGGCGGGAGCAGCCCCGUCCAGGAGAGGAGGAGGAAGAAGGAGCAGCCCCAGGAGCAGGAGGAGGAAGAGGAGCAGGAGGAGGAGGAGGAGGAGGAGGGCGGCCAGGGCUGCCGGCGUCGGGCCUCUCGGAUGGCGGCGCUGGUGCAGUUGGUGCUGGCGCAGGACCAGACCCUCCGGGAGCAGAGCAAGCGCCUGCGGGAGCUGGACGGGCAGAUCGAGCGCUACGAGGCCCGCCUCCACCUGGAGCGCAUGCGGCGCCACGGGGUCAACUACGUCCAGGAGACCUACUUGGAGAGCGGGGCCCCGGAGGAAGAGGGGCAGGAGGAGGAGGAGGAAGAAGAAGAAGGCCAGGGAGAGCGGGGCGCGGAGCAGGAGCCAGGGGAGGGGGGCUGCCUGGGGCCGGGACCCGGCGGGUGGGCGGCGCUGGCGGCGCUGUCGGAGGAGCGGGCCCGGCAGGAGGCCCUCGGGGAGAGCCUGGCCGCCCAGAUCCAGGAGGAGCUCAACCGGCGAUGGAUGCGGCGCCGGAGGCAGGAGCUGGCCCUGGCCGCCGCCGCCUGCCGCUCCGCCUCGUCCUCCCCGUCGGAGACGGACUGCGAGACCACGGAGCUGCUGGGCCGGGAGCCGCUGCCGGCGGAGGAGGAGCGCCUGCGGACCCAGCUCAGCACCAGCCUCUACAUCGGCCUCCGCCUCAGCACCGACCUCCACGCCGCCCGGGAGGCCCUGGAGGACAGCCACCGCGCCUGGCGGGAGAAGGAACGGCAGCUCCGGCGCCUCCUCCAAGAGGAAGAGGAAGAGGAGCAGGAACAGCAGCAGCAGCAGCAGGAGGAGGAGGGCUGCCCCCCGGAGCCCUCGAUCAAAGCCGGGCAGCAGCAGGAGGAGGAGGGCGACGGGGAGGACUCCGACACGGGCCUCAGCUCCAUGCACAGCCAGGACUCCGACUCCGGGCCCGGCAGCGGCGGCGGCGGCGGCGGCGGUGCCUCCGAGUCCCUGGUCUAGCGCUGGAGCCCCUGGAGGGCAGAAGGGGGUCGGACUGGCUGACCCUCGGGGCCCUUCCACCUCUAGGACUCUGCAGCCACACUUCGGCCCCUCUUCAACUGCACCAGCUUUUGGCCCCUUUUUGCAAAAUGGAUGAGGAAAUAGUGGCUCUUCUUAAACAUCCCCCACACAAUUCUUUGGGGGAAAACUCCCCAAAGUCGUUUUGCAUCUUUGAUCCGACAGCAAUAGUCCUUGCUGUCCUACAGAGUCCACUCGAGGGCAGCUAACAGCAAUUCAUGCUUCCUUUGCCAGCGCUGGAUAUUAGCUCCCAGGAGAGAUAGCAGACCUUGGUCUUCAAAGCCCUCCUUCCCUCCCUUCCAUUCAAACAAAGGCUUCACUUUAUUAAAAAGGACAUGAAACGGGCAAUAUUUUCUUUGCCUCCAUAUUGCAGAAGAGUUCUAGGGAAAGGACUUCAGGGUUUACCUUUUAUUAUAGACCUUGAAAGGAAAUACUUUGGGCAGAGCUUUGGCUGUCUCCAGACUAUUUUUAUCUUCUUUUUUAAAGGAUGGAAUAUUUGCAUUUCAUUCAGUGUUGGAAUUAACCUGUUUCUUUUUUAAA